GUUCUUUUUAUUGUUGAUAAAACAUAAUUGUUCUGUAUAUUGCUUUUCCUUUACACGUGAUUUUUGAACACAAAUUUGUCGUACCGCGAUAUUGUUUAUGAAAAUAAAUUGUUCGCUGUCACAUAUAUUUGCAAAAUUCCAAUAACAAUAGAAGUGCAUUGAACGGUUUAAUACAUCGGCAAACAACUAAACUCCCUCCAUUUCACUAAAUAUGAGUGACGACGAUCGAGACGUAGAUGUUGAAAGUGAUGAUGGAGAAGACUCAGAUAACAAAUUACCAAGCUCAAGACAGUCAUCAGGAAGCCAGUACUAUUCACAAGCCGAGAAGAGGGCACAUCACAAUGCUUUAGAGCGCAAGCGAAGAGACCACAUUAAAGAUAGUUUUAGUUCGUUAAGGGACUCUGUGCCAGCUUUGAACGGUGAAAAAGUACAGGCUAGCAGAGCUCAAAUCCUCAAGAAAGCCGCCGAGUACAUUAUGUUUAUGAGGAAAAAGAACCAGUCCCAUCAGCAGGAUAUCGAGGAUCUGAAAAGACAAAAUAGUCUGUUAGAAGCACAAAUUCGGACAUUGGAGAAGGCAAAAUCCACUGGAAUUUUUGACAGUGACCUUGUCAUGAAAGACGCGUUGUAUAAUGACUCCGAGUCGGAUAGUUCUGAUGUGGAAGUACAGCAAAAACGGCCGAAGAAGUUGAAAUCCUUCCAUUAAAUGAAUUAAUUAAGUGUUUAUGGAGCUGUUCUACAAAUAACAUUAAAAUAUUUUCAGUUGAAUUUCAGAAAUAUAUUCAGAUAAAGAAUGGUUAAUAGGCAGAUUAGUGUCUAUAGAGCUGUAAAAUAUAUUUUUUUUAAAUAUGAUUUGACAAACUUCCGUGAGAUAUAUAUGCAGCAUGUAUUGUAAAUAUUUUUAAUUUUGUUAUUAAGCCUCUCAACAUUUUAUUUUCCGUUUUGUUAGGUAAACUUAUGUUUUAAGUUAAAUUCCCCCAAGGAAGGCUUAAAUAUAGUCUUUAUAUAAUUUUUACCUAUUAGGUUUUAGAGCUUAAUAUAGUUAUCUUUUUUAAUAAAUACAUGUUUAAAAAUA